GUCUUUUUCUCACCUCUUUCUCGUUCAAACUGUCGUCAUCUCGUCCAAGUUGCCCCCACAUUUUACGCCAUAAAAAAAGUAUAAACAAUCUUAUUAACAUCCUUCAUCCUUAGAUCCACCUUGUAUAUACUUUUAAAAGAAACAGAUCAAAUCAAAGAACUCUUUAUUUUUCCCCCUUUUUUUUAACUUUCAAAUGUUGUUGCGUCUGCCUUCAAUUCAUUUUCAUUCUCAUUCCCAUUCUCAUUCCACCCCUACAUCAGCCUCAGCAACAACGGCUUCAUCGGCUUCUACCUGCACGUUUGUUUUCCCCGGCGUCAGUAGUACGCCAGCAACGUUGUCUCGUGCCAACUCUUCCUCCAGUCUAGCAUCCAACGUGCCUGAGCUAUCAACAGCACGUGGACUGCAUGACACGAGUAACUUACCUCUUUCCUCGUCCUUGUUGCAGAUUGAGCAACAACAACACCAGAAAAGCGUUCAGGCCACUCUUGCUUGCAACUCAUAUCCUAUCUCGGCUCUAUUAACUCCAGCACCACACCUUUCUAAUAACAAAACCACAUCAUAUUCUCCCACUGCCAAUAAGAAACCUCUCCAUUACUCGUACUCAUUCAUGGCGGACAUAGACAAACUCGACAAAACCGUCUUUGACGCCAUUAUUCUUGGUACAGGCUUCACACAGACCAUUGUAGCUGCCGCACUUGCUCGCGCUGGAAAGACAGUGUUACAUCUCGAUGAGAAUGACUACUAUGGUGGCGAAUCCGGUGCCUUCGGUUUCCGCGAUCUUUUAGCCUGGGCAGACAAGAUCUCUUCUACCUUCUCCGACAACGCGUUGACUCAUGAUAACAAGGACAAGAUCGAGUUUGAAAAGUCGGUCUCUAGGGCACAUAGCCAUGUUGAGGUACAGCUCUACAAAGACGACAAGAGCAAUGAUACUGUUAUUGACUUGGCUUCAGUUAUCGCCUCCCACAAGGAUUCGUCGGUAGAAGAUCGCAUAAAGGCUGUCAGUGACCAUAUCACAACUGCAUAUCAGUCAAAGGGACAAUCCAAGGAAGAAAAGGAAGCCAUCCAUAUCUUAGCUUCCUGGGCAUCCGGUACUGGCUCUGUAGCCACAGCAGCCAACUUUUCAUCCGUAUCAUUCUCUCAGGUUCAUGCUCUCGAAGAGUUCCUCAAAACCUCUCGCAAAUACAACUUUGAUCUCUCGCCAAAGUUGCUCUACUCGCGUGGAUCAUUGACCAAUCUGCUUAUCUCCUCUGGAAUUGGCAAAUACCUUGAGUUCAAGCUGUUGGAACGAACUGCUGUAUAUGAAGCGCUUACGGACAAAGUUGAGAUGAUGCCUACAUCCAAAGAGGAUGUCUUUGUCUCGAAAGCAUUAUCCUUGAAGGAAAAGAGACAGUUGAUGAGGUUUUUACAGUUUGCUGUCGACUACGAAAACCAGAAGGAGGUUUGGAGAGAUUAUAAGGAUGCGCCAUUUACUCAAUUUGUCCAGAACGCCUACGGAUUGUCAGACAAAGUUCUGACGGCCGUUGUUUAUGCCAUUGGAUUUGAUGGAAAUGAUGAAGCCACGACCACUGACGGCCUCAAGUCCGUUAAAGUCUAUCUUCAGUCAUUGGGACGUUACGGUAACUCGGCAUAUUUGUGUCCUCUUUAUGGUGUUGGCAGCGAGCUUGCUCAAGCAUUCUGCAGAGUAUCUGCAGUCUAUGGCGGAAUCUACAUGUUGCAACAUGAACUGGAUAAACAUAACGUGGAUAGGAACACGAAUCAAUGGAAAUCCGUUGUUGAUCACACAGGCCAAGCCCUGCAGGCCAACCAGUUGAUUUGUACACGCGAAUACCUUUCCAGAGACAUGGAUGCGUACAUUGAGGCGAGAACCCUGAACAAAUCCUACGUUUCUCACUGUAUCUUGGUCACGGAUCGCUCUGCGUUUGGGGAAACAACUCUCUGCAAGACGCUGUUCCCAAUGGGAUCUUUAGUCCUCAACGCAGGAGAAACACCUGCCCGCAAGAAUGAACACACCAUAUCUGUGUUGCAAUUGUGUGGCGGCACUAUGUCCUGUCCUACUGACCGCUAUAUCCUCUACUUCUGGGCAGAAUCAGACACACCAGAUGGAACAGCCAAGGAAGAACUGACUGCUGCGAUCAGAAAACUUGUACACAUCCCUGGAGAUCCAUUAUCCCUAAAAGCUCCCUCAUCUGCCUCCGCAUCUGAAUCUGAGGCAAAUGCUGCCUCAGCAACAGCAGCCAAUCCUGCCGGUGGAUCGGCAGUUGAGGAAGCUCAGCCAAGAAUGAGCUUAGAUCAGGAAUUGGAUAUGGAUCAGGUGCAUGAAGAGAUCCUCAAGGCUGAGAAGAAGCUAUUUGAAGAGAUUGAGAAUAAUAAUCCUGUAGCUGCUGGCUCUACAGCACCAGCGUCGUCGUCGCCAAACACUGAAUCCCCCAGCAAGGCGCUGUCAACCAAAGCUCCUCAAAAUUCUAAAUCAUCCUCAGCGCUGUCAACUGUGUCAACAGUGGCGCCACGAGCAUUGUUCUCAUUGUUUUAUAAGCGCACGACAUCGUGGCCUCGUGUCCCUUAUCCAAUUGGAUCUGAGAAUUUGACACCUCUUCCUGAGAAUAUUACAGUGCUGAAACCUAUGAACCAUAGCUUAGACUUUGAGGCAGCCACUGAGGAAGCAAGAGUAGUGUUUGAGAGGCUGUGUCCUGGAGAGGAGUUCUUGCCACCAACGCCAGACCCAGAAGAAGGAGAAUUUGGAUACUAAUGAAAGUUGGUAUGUGAUAUAAAUAAUUGACGUGCAGUAACAGAGGAAGAACUAGCAAAGAAUAAAAUUGUAUAUCAAUUUAGAAUGUAAAGGAAGAACUUUGUGGAAGUUUACUAUAGUGCUCCCGACGAGUGUAGUCA